AUGCGUGCACUUUCUGGAUCGAUCCACACAUCCCAGUCCUGUAUUCACGAUGGUGGCGAUGAGAAGGUGUUGAGUGUUAUGCGUGUAGUUUCUAUCAAUGGUUCAGUCGAUUUUCACGAAAGAUUUCUUGCAGAAUGCGAAUCGUACUGUCGCCUGUGCUCUCGUCUGCAGCACGCUGUGGAUUGGCUUCUUUUGAGGAAGUCGCGUUGUAAAGAUAGCGGUACCCCCACUGGAACGGCUUCCCACGCAUCGGAUGUGGACUCUCUCUCUCAUGUAGUUUACCCACUGGAGCCCACGGCGUUCCUGGCAGCUGCCUUUGCUUUGCCAUCUUUGGCCUCCAUAUCAUCAUCGUUGCCAGGUGACGAAGAGCUCCUGGCCGCAACUGCUGCAGACGGAAAACGGGGUGGUUCACCCCCUUUGCAAUCGUCACGAACUGUGCCAUAUUGUUUUUUCCACUGGUGCCCGAUGCAACGUCUCUUGCGCAUUGGUGGUGAUGGUGGUGGUAAUAAUCGCCUUGGUAGUCAUGGUAGUAGUACUAGUAGCAGUGGCGGAACCGUUUUUCCGGGGGCACUUCGAAGGACUUUGAUGGAACGCGUCACUGCCAUAGCCAAUAUAGCUGGUGUCUGUGGGUGUGUCUCGCCCGUCCACAACGCACUAAGUGUGCACAACCGCUGCAAAAUUGGGCUCACGCUUUCGGCGUACAUGGAUGAUAAUUUACCCCGUUCAGUAACCACCGAUGGUGGAGGCGCCUCCACAAAAAUGACGGCAUAUGAAGCGGACCCGUUCUCACGAUGGAGGGACGAUAUAUUAUGGCGUCUGUUGGGUUCGCUGGUUUCAGCGCUAGCCGUCUUGCACGCGUCUGGGUUUCACUACCGAGGUGAACUUUCCGCAGACGACAUUCUUUGCUUUGCGCUGCCCAAUGACGACGACGAUGCCUUCGCCGGUGACACAAUGUGGCAGGAGGGGGAAAGGGACUCCAAUUCGAUCGGCCAGCGUCUCAAUGGAUGGGUGAAGGGAAAUCAGCGCCGCUGGCUUAUCACUGAGGCAACGCCCGCUCACCAGGCCUUUUUUAUGUUUGCCACCCUCCCGCGUUCGCUCUUCGUAGAGGAGUCAAAAGAUCCGUCUGAAUUGGCGGCGGCGCAGCGACGUGACACCGCCGCCGUUGGCCGCAUUAUUUUGAUGGCCGUGGAGGAAAUGAAGCGACGGCGCGGGGCGAAGGGGAUGAACAGCUGCUCCGAGCUUAUUUUUGUUGCCGAGCGUAUGGCAACCAUGGAGGAGGCAGGUAGCAGGAUGUUGGCGGCUGAGGCCCCAGCACACCGCUUUGCGCAGCUGCAGGCUGUACAGCUGCGCACUCACCUUUGGUUUCUGCGUGCCAUUGUCGACGAACGUGACGCAGAACUUGCGGCCGCAGCUGCAGCCGCCGCUUUUCAGAACAGCAGCUCCUCAAAGGCCACAGAAUCGAAAGAUCGUUGCUUUUCAUCUCGGCUUCUCAUGAACAACGAGGCAUUCACGGAAAAAUUGAAUGAGCGGGAGCGCCUACUCAGCGAGCGGGAGAAGAAUUUGGAACGUUUCCUUGUACUGUACGAACUGACAGCCGAACGUCUGGAUGAACUACCAGCGAAAAAGGAUGGUCUUGACCUCCUCAAGCGAUCACUGUUGCAUGUGCCAGGUGCUCGGUCGCCAGCGAUACCGGGAACAACUUCACCCCCACUGUCAGCGACGGCGUCCACUUGGUCCUCGGGAGCGAAGCAGCCGCGCCCAAAGCCCGUUCGAUGCCCGGCAACAACAGCAAAGAGUGAGACUGCACCUUCUGAUCGAACACGGCCCCUUUAUGGUCUUCUGCGUUUUUCAAAGAGCGAAACGGCGGGAUCUGCUUCUGCUUCCGGCACCACUGCCACCUUGUCGUCACGUUCUGUGGCGGUUUUGGCGGACAAAGGCAAACAAUCACCGGGUCCGAGGACGCAGCAGUGGACUUCUCAGGUAACGUCGGAGAAAUCGUCACGGCGUGGUGUUGUGUUGCCGAGUUCGCCGUCUCUGUUGCACUUGAACUGGAAGAGGGUGAGUAGCAUCUUGGCCAAGGAGGGUGCGAAUACCGCGGCUGCAACCGCAAGGUCCUCCGCGUGUCGACGGAAGAGCAUCUUGGCCGGAACCGUUGGCCGUGCUUUGACCUCUCGAACAGAGGUUUCUUCAGCUCCUGCGACAACGGCAGGCGGGGAAAAGGUUCCUGCUGUUAGAGAAAGAUCAUCUAAAAGACCAAUGUCAGUUAAACGUGGAUCUUUCUCGACUGCUCCUACGCAGGUGCAAUCGCGAAAAAUGACACCGUCGCGGGGGCAACGGCAGGCAUCUAUACUGCUGUCACCAGAAAUCUCCCCGCUUGCACGCGUGAAAGAAGAAAACUCCUCCUUGCUUCUUGCUUCUUGCUACAAAACGCCCCCGCGAGCGACGUCCAGUUCUACCCCAAUGCCGUCACGAGGCAGCCCGGCAACCACCAACGCCUGGAAUAAAAUGUCAACGCCGCAUUCGACGAAUAGUACAACACAGGGCGCCACACCGAGGCAUUUGCAAAACUCUGUUACUUCAAUUAGUGCGAAGGAAUUAAAAAUGAGCUCGGAUUCGGCUUUGGGUCUCAGUCCGGUGACCGGUCACUUGUUAGGCACCACACCGAAGGACAAAUCGCCAUUUUACAACCCCUUGUUGUACAUGGCGCCUCCCGAGGGGGCUAUGAACCUUUCCAUGUCACCCGAUAAAUCCCUUUCUGCAAAGCAACCGGCAAAAUCACCAACACCGGCAAAGAAAGAACCUAGAGCACCGGUUUUUGGUGCACACAGCCCGCUAUUACAGCGUGAUGGCAGUACACGGGCGGUAAGCAUGCAUAAUGGCCGCACUGAACCAAAUUCACUGGAAGCUUCCCGGGAAACGCCGAACAGACGGCAGCGUGGUGACGGUGCCAGUGCAAAAACGGGAACCCCGAAUAAUCGUUUGCUCAAUGGGGCGCACCGUCCCGGUUCAGAUGACGGCGUGCCAUCCCCUCGGUUUUUUAUUCGCUCCAGUGAACUUGUGGACGAGAAAGAGCCCGGCAUUCCUCAGAGUAGCAAGGUCGGGCGACCUCGUUCCCGCUGCCGCCAGGAACAAGAGGAAAAAACGACACCUCGCGCUUUACGGUCCCGUAUUGCCAACGAUGGCUGGGUGAACCACCAUCUCGAGGUCCUUGAGAAGCUGCGCUACGACUUCCAGCAAUCGGAGAUGCUCAAGAGUUCACGGAGCACACCCAGCGGCAAGGCGCUCGGUCGGGGCGUCAGGGGGCCAAAUGCCGCCGGCGCGGGGGCGUCCGUGCCGCCAGCAGAUCGUGGAAAAAAUAGGGACGCGUCCACGUGGGGUGACGGGAGCAGCCAGGCCGCUGCUGGUGCUGCUGCUCCUCAGGCGACCAGUGAAGGCGCCAAACUCAUGUAUUGA